GGCGGCGCUGUGGCUGGCUGCUGCAGGCUGUCAGCUGAAAAUCUUCCUCCCUGCAGAGCAGCAAUCAGUCAGCAGCAGAUUUCAGGCUGCGCGCUCAGCCUCCAGCACGCACCAUGCCUUCUCCGAUCCCUGUUACCCGCCUGCUGCCCAAAGACAUCAACCCCUUCCUGGACAUCGGGACCUGCAGCAGCCCGCUGGCCAAAUACUCCUUCGGCACCAGCCUGCAGGUCCCCGUCCAGCGGUUCCACGGCAAAGUCGCCAGUCGCCUCUGGUCCACUGUGAUCCACUGGAAGGAACUGAUCUCCGUGCAGCCUGUGGGCUCCGGAGGGUUCGGCUCCGUCUACAAGGCGGAGUAUUUCGGGGAGACCGUGGCGCUUAAGAAAGUGAAAAAGUGCACCAAGAACAAGCUGGCGUCCCGGCAGAGCUUCUGGGCCGAGCUGAACGCAGGACACCUGCGCCACAGGAACAUCGUGCGCGUAAUCGCGGCCACCACAUGCGUGCCACCUGGGUUUGGAGACGAAGGCAGCAUCGGGACGAUCCUGAUGGAGUUUGUGGGGGACAGAAACCUGCACCAGAUACUUUACGCAUGUGUGGAGCCGCUUGGAGAGGACAAAUGGCACAAGUACGCAACGGAUAUUGCGCACGGGUUGCGGUUCAUUCACUCCCACAGUGUUGUGCAUCUGGAUAUAAAACCAGCCAACGUGCUGGUGUCCAGAGAAGACGUGUGCAAGAUUGCAGAUUUCGGCUGCUCUCUGAAACUGGACUAUAAGUGUGAAUUCAGCGCCAUCAGCCCCCAUCUGAGCCACGUAGGCGGGACGUACACGCACCGAGCUCCGGAGCUGCUGAAAGGCGAGGAGCUGACUCCCAAAGCGGAUAUCUUCUCCUUCGGGAUCACCUGGUGGCAGCUGAUCACCAGGGAGCAGCCCUACACCGGAGACAGGCAGCACGUGCUUUACGCGGUCGUUGCGCACAACCUGCGGCCGUCCGUCCGGGACCAGGACCACCCGGUGUUCGGGUCGGAGCAGGGCCGGCAGGUCAGGACUCUGCUGGGUCGGUGCUGGAGCGGAGAGGGUCUCUGCAGACCCAGCGCCCAGGAGCUGCUGCUGCACCUGGAGCAGCUGCGCCCCCAGACAUGACUUUAUUCUAGCAGGAGAGCUGUGGGUUCAUAAAAUGGACAUUUUUUUUAGAAACAAUUUAGGAGAUACACCCACACUGUAAAAAAAAAAAAAAAAAUUCCGUUGCUUUUACAGAAAAAAAAAAUGUCAGCUGUGGUUACCAGAAUAAUUCUGCAAAAAAUACAGUACAAAUGUGAACAACUUGUACAUUUUACAUCCUAAAACAGUAGUUAAUACUUUUUUUUUUUAAGUUGUAGAUUAUACCAUCCUUUACUGCUAAUUUAACAGGAUAAUGCUUUUAUAGUAAUUAUUUAUGCAAAAUUUACAUGCAGAUUUUGCUUAUUGCACAUUGAAUACCAGUAAAUUAACAUUCAGUUAUUAUUUAUUGUACACUGAAUACCAGUAAAAUGUACAAGUUGAUCUGUAAGGUUGUUUACAUUUGUACUGUAUUUUUUGCAGAAUUAUUCUGGUAACCACAGCUGACAUUUUUUUUCUGUAAAAGGAACAGAUUUUUUUUUAUAGUGCAUGCAAUAUCAGCAUUAUUACCCUUAUUAUUAACUCUUUGAUGCACAACAUAUGGACACCCCUUCUAAUGCACAACAAGGGUCAAAAAUGUAAUUUCUCAUGUUAUUUCAUGCUGGCUGUGUGUUUCUUUGCUCUAUCUUUUUAAAUCAAUUUAUUUUAUGAUUGAAUAGUCCAAGUGUUAUUUGAAUAUCUUUUUUUUUAAAAUUACAACUGAUCAUUAUAUCCAUUUUUUUUACUUUCAUACUUUAUGAAGA